GGCGAGGGCCCCCGGUAGGCCGGGACACAGGACCUUGACGCGAGUACACGACACAGCUGAAGGCUGCGCUCCCCUCGACCCCUCCUCCCCUUCGCUCCCCAGCUCCACACCAACUCGCUCACCGCCUGCCCGCCUCGCCGGCCAAGCCAAGCGACCCCCUUCUCAUCCCCUCUCUCGCUGUCGAUGGGCCCUGCGGCGCUCCUCUGCUCCGGCCCUCCCCGCAAUUAAUCCUCGGCGUCCGUGCUCUCCCCACUCUCCGCGCACGCCCCGCCCGUGAGUCGUGAUCUCGCCGUCUCCCUCACUCCCAUCCUCUGCCUCACCGCACGAGCCCCGUGCGGUGGCGGUGGUAAAUGGCGAGCAGCGGGGUGAGGAACGGGGUGGGGUCCAGGAUGAGCGCGAAGCCGGACCGGCAGGGCGCCGGCGCCACGCCCAAGACGGCCGCGGGGAAGCACCGCCUCUCCUCGGCGGCGGCGGGGGGCGGCGCGUACCGGCGGACCAGCUCGGGCCCGCUCCACGCGGCGGCGGGCGGCCGCGCGGCGUCGGAUGGAGUUUCUAGUAGAGUAAGGGUUGCUGUAAGGCUUAGGCCUAGGAAUGCAGAAGAGUUGGUGGCAGAUGCAGAUUUUGGUGAUUGUGUUGAACUUCAGCCAGAGCUCAAAAGGUUAAAGCUUCGUAAAAAUAAUUGGGAGUCAGAAACAUACGAAUUCGAUGAACUGCUCACUGAGUUUUCUUCACAAAAGCGAGUGUAUGAAGUUGUUGCAAAACCAGUUGUGGAGAGUGUUAUGGAGGGAUAUAAUGGUACAGUUAUGGCAUAUGGCCAGACUGGUACUGGGAAAACUUUUACUCUGGGAAGACUUGGUGAAGAAGACACCGCUGCUAGGGGAAUCAUGGUUCGUGCAAUGGAGGAUAUUCUAGCAGACAUAACACCUGGGACUGAUUCUGUCUCAGUAUCAUAUCUUCAGUUGUACAUGGAGAUGAUACAAGAUCUCCUUGAUCCUGUAAAUGAUAAUAUAGCCAUUGUAGAAGACCCAAGGACUGGGGAUGUUUCAUUGCCUGGAGCCACAGUAGUUGAAGUUAGAGAUCAAAAAAGCUUUGUGGACCUUCUAAGGGUGGGUGAGGCUCACCGUGUUGCUGCAAAUACAAAGUUAAACACUGAGUCAUCUCGAAGUCAUGCGAUCCUCAUGGUGAAUGUCAGGAGGUCUGUAAAAGGUAGAACUGAAAUGGAUGUCAGCAUUUCUGGUGAAAAUGGGCAUUCAUUGUCCAUGAUGGGGUCUUUGAGACCACCUGUUGUUAGGAAAAGUAAGCUUGUAGUUGUCGACUUGGCUGGAUCAGAGCGCAUAGACAAGUCAGGAAGCGAGGGUCAUACGUUAGAAGAGGCAAAGUCUAUCAACUUGUCCUUAAGUGCUCUGGGAAAAUGCAUCAAUGCGCUUGCUGAAAGCAGUCCUCAUGUACCUGUUCGUGAUUCUAAGCUUACAAGAUUGCUUAAAGAUUCAUUUGGAGGUACUGCAAGAACAUCAUUGGUUGUAACAAUUGGUCCAUCUCCAAGACAUCGGGGGGAAACUACCAGUACAAUAAUGUUUGGACAAAGAGCAAUGAAAGUUGAGAACAUGGUGAAAUUGAAGGAAGAGUUCGAUUACAAGAGUUUAUGUAGGAGACUUGAUAUUGAGCUGGAUAAAUUAAUUGCAGAAAAUGAAAGGCAAAGGAAGUAUUUUGACGAUGAAGUUGAGAGAAUAAGAGAUGAAGCUCAGUGCCGCAUUGCUGAGGCCGAAAGGGAAUGCAAAAUCACAUUAGAGAAUGAGAAAACGAAGUGCCAUCAAGAAUACUUAGACUCAAUCAGAAUACUGGAGGAGAAGUGGAAAGUACAUCAACAAUCACCCAAGAAACAAAAUGAAGAGGCCGAGUCUACAUCCAAUGAUACCAGAGAAGUGCAUAACUUACUGCAGAAUGAGAAAAUGCUACGUCAAUCGGCUGAAGAUGAGGCCAGUGACCUCAAGAAUCAAGUAUCACACUGGAAAAAACUGGAGGCUACAGCUACAGCUGAGGUAGUAAAACUACGGAAAAUGCUAGAUACUGAAGCUAGCCAGAAAGAGAAACUUGAAGCAGAAAUAGAUAUUUUGAGAAGUCAGUUAUUGCAGAUGAGUAUGGAAGCAGAUGAGACAGGGAGUCUUGAUAAAGGAAAUGGACCAGGAAAAAUAUUUCCUGGUUUAGAUUCAUUGGUGUCUCAGACUCGAAGCUCACAAUUCAGAGAGCAGAGCAAUGGACCAAAGCAACCAAUUGCCAAACUCUUUGAACAAGUUGGGUUACAAAAGAUAUUGUCAUUGCUCGAAUCUGAAGAACCUGAUGUCCGCGUUCAUGCAGUGAAAGUUGUUGCAAAUCUGGCAGCUGAAGAGGCAAAUCAGGAAAAGAUUGUAGAAGCAGGUGGCCUCACUUCCCUCCUUAUGCUACUUAGGAGCUCUGAGGAUGAGACAAUUCGUAGAGUAGCAGCAGGAGCAAUUGCUAAUCUUGCAAUGAAUGAAACAAAUCAAGAUCUUAUCAUGGCAGAAGGAGGUGUAACCUUGUUGUCUAUGACAGCAUCUGAUGCAGAGGAUCCACAAACUCUUAGAAUGGUGGCUGGAGCAAUAGCUAACCUUUGUGGCAAUGACAAACUGCAAAUACGGUUGAGGGGAGAAGGUGGAAUCAAAGCAUUGCUUGGGAUGGUUAGGUGUGGGCACCCUGAUGUCCUUGCUCAAGUUGCACGUGGCAUUGCAAAUUUUGCAAAAUGUGAAUCUAGAGCAGCUACUCAAGGAAAUAAGGUGGGAAAAUCACUAUUAAUCGACGAUGGAUCGCUCCCUUGGAUUGUAAAAAAUGCCAAUAACGAAGCUGCCCCAAUUAGGCGGCACAUAGAGCUCGCACUGUGUCAUUUGGCACAGCAUGAAGUAAAUUCGAACGACAUUAUCAAUGAAGGAGCCCUAUGGGAGCUUGUACGGAUUUCAAGGGACUGUUCUCGAGAAGAUAUAAGGAAGUUGGCAUACCGGACACUGACAUCCAGCCCCACUCUUCAAGCGGAGAUGAGGAGACUGGGAAUAAAACUGUGAUGACAGAGCAACAAAGUGCAGCUGGGGCUGGCACUAUGAAGUUCCAUUUCUCGUGCACUUUAUAGAGGUACCCGUUGCUCUGAGUGCUGGUAAUCGACUUACCUGGUUUCGGCAGGCAGGCAUACACGGGCACCACACCGACUAAUCACAAGAGGCAGUGGAGCAACUUUCUCCUCGAGAGUUCAUUUUUCUUUGUUCUGAGGGGGGCAGUUGAAAGCCUGGACAACACUAGCAAUUCAUUUAUUUGUAAUGAUCCUAGCAUAGCAGAUGUUGUUACCUACCCAAUGCAGCGUUUGUAAUUUUUUUGCUGUAAAAAUAUCAAAGGCAGAAAAAAGUACUUUCGCAGUAUACCUGUUUUCCGUGAACACUAGAAAGUUUUUUUGUUUUUGUUUUAUUCA